AUGAAUGGCAAUGGCCGCGUUUCGCCUAGACCUCUGCCGCAGAAGAUGGGCUUUAGCGAGUCUGAGGGUGAUGGCACGAUGUCAUUCGGAGCUUCGAGUUCACUGCGCAGAAAAAAUACUGGUUGCGGUGGAAGCUGCCGCCGCUGCUGCUUGAAGUUCGCGGACGCGGAGCACCACGACUUGCUCGAACAUGAUGCAUCGUGUAUGGAUGUUCUGAAGCACUUCUUCACCGGUCGCUCCUUAGACAGGCGAUCGGCACGCAAACAGAAGCUCACGCGAUCAAUUCAUCUGCAAGGACGUCUCCGACAGGCAGCAGGUGAGGCGGAUCCCAGCGAUCUUGGGAUGUUGGAGGGGGCUGUUUCGGGUUUGGCUGUCGAAGACCAGAUGGAUUCGUGGCCGAUCUUCAUCGUGCUUCAGUCUCUUGCGGCAGUGACCCUUUGGGUCGUUUUCGCUUCGCAGGCUGAUGGUGGGUUCGAAGAAGCUUUAGCUGGCUUGGAGUCCGUGGCUGUGGGUUGGACCACGAUGUUGACCCACAGGGAUUGCACGGACUUGCGCUGGGAAGUCUGGAGAUGGCUUUCAUACCAGUACACCCAUUCCGGAGUCUGGCACAUCGGCUUCAAUACAUUGCUGGUUCUUGCUGUGGGCAUCCGUUUGGAAAUGUACCACGGGCACAUCAGAACUUUCUUGGUCUUCAACUUGGGCGUUGUGUGUUCUGCGCUCAACUUCGUUGUGACAGACGGGCACGCCGAGUUGGUCGGAAUGUCUGGUGGCGCCUAUGCGCUGAUGGGCAUGACCUUCGGAUCGCUGAUGCUGAAUUGGGCCGAUACCCGCUACAGACGGCCAGAGCUUUUCAUUCUGCUCUUCCUCUUCGCUUGCGACGUGGGCAUGGCCUACUUUGACAGCAUCGUGAAAGAAAGCUCCACAAGUCACUCAGCGCACUUUGGAGGAUACAUCUCCGGCUUCAUCUUGGGAAUAUUGAUUGGCAGAAAUCUGGACGACGAGGAAGCUGCGGAGUAUGCGGCAUCGUUGAAGUGGGAGAGAUGUUUGCAAAAGUUCAUGUUGCUGUUAGGUUUGGUUCUGCUGAUUUUCGUCAUAGUGUGGAUGGCGCAAUGGCCUCCCAGGACCAUCUAUGACUUGACUCCCUGGUGCUGGCACCGACAGGUAUUCAACCAGACUCUUUUCCCAGAGUUUAGAUUCCACUGUGUGCGCUGCCAAGAUGCGCAGUGCAUCAACGAGUUCAGUCAAAUGGGCUUUGUGGAGCAGGUCAGCUUUCGAGUAUGUUCUACUACUGGCUGGAGCUACAGUCAGGUCAAUCCGUGA